AUGUUUGUUGUAAUAAAAGAAGAAGAAGGGGGUUUUUGUUAUUUCUAUGAAAAUCUCGAGUACAACAUUUUAUUUAAUGCUUGCAUUGAUUGUUGUCUUGUUGAGAUUGCUCUCAAGACAGAAGCCGAUGCUAUCAAGGAGGCGAUAACAAUCAAGAUUGAACAUGAAGGCCAUCCACAACACAUUUUAACCCUCCAAUUAAGACUUGCUGCAUUCCGGUGUGAUGCUUGUAAUACUUAUAAGGAUGAAGGCUUAUUCUAUGAGUGUGAUAGUUGUGAUUUCUGGAUCCACAAGACUUGCGCUUCCUUAUCCUCUACCAUCCAUCUACCCACCAUAAUCACCCACUUGCAAUGGUCUAUUAGCUUCCAGAAAAAUUCUUUAAAUUUGCACAUUAUUGUGAAUUUUGCAGAAUAUACAUCUGACGGAAUGACUGGUUGUAUCAUUGUGCCAACUGUAGAUAUUUUGCCCAUAUCAAUUGAUGAGGAUGAAAAUGGUUUGCUACAUUUUCCCAUGUCAUAUGAACUUACAGAUCGAUUGAAGCGACAACAUUAUGAAAAAAUGACUCAAUAUGAUGAUGAUGAUGAUGAAAAAAUUGUGAUUAAGCAUCAAAACUGGAGUCAUGAACAUCCAUUAAUCCUUCAUGUUCAACCUCAAGCUAACAACAUGUCUGGUUGUAGUGAUCCAAUAGAGGUAUGUUUCAGGUGUGUACGACCCCUCUCCCUUCCAUACUAUACUUGCAAAGAUGGAUGUAAUUCAUUCUCUCUCCACAAAUAUUGUGCCGAGUUACCACUCAAAUUACAACAUCCACUUCAGCCGGAUCAUUCCCUUGACUUGAUACACACAUGCCCACAAAAUCUUUACGAUAGAUACAAUGGUUGUGGUAGCUUUGGCAACACGCUUUUAUACAAAUGUGAAACUUGUGAGUUCAACCUUGAUGUCAAUUGUGCACUUCUCCCCAGAACCAUCAAGCAUGAAUCCCACAAACAUCCUUUUAUCCAAGUUAUCGAUCAUGAACCUCUUUGUAAUGCUUGCAACGUGUGGUGUGAUCAUAUAAGCUAUGCUUGUAAGGCUUGUAGCUUCAUAUUAGACAUUAUUGUGCAAUGA